ACCCUUUCAGGAUCCGUGUGGGUAGAGUGGCGGCUGGAGGCUGACGGCGCGUGGUGCUGAAGGGACAGCUCCAGCAGCCGCUGCUUUGGGGGAGAAACAAAAACCUGCACAUCAAAAUCCAAGCUGGGCGCCUUCACCUUCGCGUGGGUGAGCUCUCCUGACCUCCGGCCAAUCCUCACUCCUGUCGCCACCAGCCGAUCUGUCCGUUCCCGGCGGGAUCGGGCAGCGCCCGCUGGACCCGCCCCGAGCUCAUGGUUUGCCCAGCCCUGCGCGAUGGUGACUCUGGGCGCGGAGGUUGGCGAUGGGCGAACCCACAGAUCACAGAAUGAAGGCGGGGAGCGCGGCCGGCGGCCGGCUGGGGCUGUCUCCCCGACCUCAGCGCCCAGAGAAGCGGCCCUACCACCUGAACCCAGAAAACGCCAACAAGUAGUUUCUCCUCGGAGAAGGGAGGCUCAGCUGGCCACCAAGACUGGGUCCGGCUGCCCGGAGAACCUCGUCCCUUCUGAAACCAAAGCAGAACCACUUUUCUCUCGGUUUUGUUAAGUCAUGUCUGAGCCACAGAGAUGGGCAAGAUCGAGAACAACGAGAGGGUGAUCCUCAAUGUCGGGGGCACCCGGCACGAAACCUACCGCAGCACCCUCAAGACCCUGCCAGGAACGCGCCUGGCUCUUCUCGCCGCCUCGGAGCCCCAGGGCGACUGCCUGACCGCGGCUGGUGACAAGCUGCAGCCCUUGCCCCCUCCGCUCUCGCCGCCGCCGCGACCGCCUCCGUUGUCCCCGGGACCCGGUGGCUGCUUCGAGGGCGGCGCGGGCAACUGCAGUUCCCACGGCGGCAGCGGCGGCGGCAGCGACCACCCUGCAGGCGGCCGCGAGUUCUUCUUUGACCGGCAUCCAGGAGUCUUUGCCUAUGUGCUCAAUUACUACCGCACAGGCAAGCUGCACUGCCCCGCCGACGUGUGCGGGCCACUCUUCGAGGAGGAGCUGGCCUUCUGGGGCAUCGACGAGACCGACGUGGAGCCUUGCUGCUGGAUGACCUACCGGCAGCACCGCGACGCAGAAGAGGCGCUGGACAUCUUUGAGACUCCUGACCUCAUCGGUGGCGACCCUGGCGACGACGAGGACCUGGCGGCCAAGAGGCUAGGAAUCGAGGACGCGGCAGGGCUUGGGGGACCUGACGGCAAAUCUGGCCGCUGGAGGAGGCUGCAGCCCCGCAUGUGGGCCCUCUUUGAGGACCCCUACUCAUCCAGAGCUGCCAGGUUUAUUGCUUUUGCUUCCUUAUUCUUCAUCUUGGUUUCAAUCACAACCUUUUGCCUGGAGACACAUGAAGCUUUCAAUAUCGUUAAAAACAAGACAGAACCAGUCAUCAAUGGCACAAGUGUUGUUCUACAGUAUGAAAUUGAAACGGAUCCUGCCUUGACCUAUGUGGAAGGAGUCUGUGUGGUGUGGUUUACUUUUGAAUUUUUAGUCCGUAUUGUCUUUUCACCCAAUAAACUUGAGUUCAUCAAAAAUCUCUUGAAUAUCAUUGACUUUGUGGCAAUCCUACCCUUCUACUUAGAGGUGGGACUCAGUGGGCUGUCAUCCAAAGCUGCUAAAGAUGUCCUUGGCUUCCUCAGGGUGGUAAGGUUUGUGAGGAUCCUGAGAAUCUUCAAGCUCACCCGCCAUUUUGUAGGUCUGAGGGUGCUUGGACACACUCUUCGAGCUAGCACUAACGAAUUUUUGCUGCUGAUAAUCUUCCUGGCUCUAGGAGUUUUGAUAUUUGCUACCAUGAUCUACUAUGCCGAGAGAGUGGGAGCUCAACCUAACGACCCUUCAGCUAGUGAGCACACGCAGUUCAAAAACAUUCCCAUUGGGUUUUGGUGGGCUGUGGUGACCAUGACUACUUUGGGCUAUGGGGAUAUGUACCCCCAAACAUGGUCAGGGAUGCUAGUGGGAGCCUUGUGUGCUCUGGCUGGAGUGCUGACAAUAGCCAUGCCGGUGCCUGUCAUUGUCAACAAUUUUGGAAUGUACUACUCCUUGGCAAUGGCGAAGCAGAAACUUCCAAGAAAAAGAAAGAAGCACAUUCCUCCUGCCCCUCAGGCAAGCUCACCUACAUUUUGCAAGACGGAGUUAAAUGUGGCCUGCAAUAGCACACAAAGUGACACAUGUCUGGGCAAAGACAACCGUCUCCUGGAACAUAACAGAUCAGUGUUAUCAGGUGACGACAGUACAGGAAGUGAGCAGCCAUUGUCACCCCCAGAAAGGCUCCCCAUCAGACGCUCUAGUACCAGAGACAAAAACAGAAGAGGGGAAACAUGUUUCCUACUGACGACAGGUGAUUACACGUGUGCAUCUGAUGGAGGGAUCAGGAAAGGCUAUGAAAAAUCCCGAAGCUUAAACAACAUAGCGGGCUUGGCAGGCAAUGCUCUGAGGCUCUCUCCAGUAACAUCACCCUACAACUCUCCUUGUCCUCUGAGGCGCUCUCGAUCUCCCAUCCCAUCUAUCUUGUAAACCAAACUGCAUCAGUCAGCUAAAUUGUAUUAACUCAAGUACUGUUUACCCCAUAAUGGAAAUAAUUAAAUGUAGAGUUACUUCAGGUUCCAUUAAUACAGUGUAAGUCCUGCAUGAUACUACUAUUUGAAUUCAGAAAUGCCACUUGAGUAGCUAACCAAUCUUAUUCUGGCUUCAACGAUUAUCUAAAGUCGUGCUACUACUUCUCCAUAUUAAUUGCCCUGAUUUCUGUUUGCAAUAAAAUGACAGCUAGUGUCAGGUAUUGGCCAGUAUACUAAUACAUAAACAUAUUUCAGGGAGAUAUAUUUAAAACAGUGUGCAUCCAAAUGCCAACCACUUCACUGGAACUUCAUUUCUUGUGAUUCUAAACCAUUCUGAAGAUGUCCGGGAUCCAAUCUCGAUUGCACAAAAUAAUGACUCUGGUCAGCUCAUAUAUACAUGGACCAUCUUGUCUCUAUCAUCUGAAGAGCAGUGUUGCAGUUUGGGAACUGUGGAUGGCUCAGGAUAUGUGUACRUUCAUCGAACCAUCCUCCUGAUAUGAAAUCACUCACUGGUUGACUGUUCUGCAUGGAUUGUGGGACAAGGAGGGUGAUUUUUUCCUUAAUGUUUCUUUUCUCCGUAUUCUUUGAUAAAAAUAUUUGUUUAAAAUACUUUAAGUUCUUAAUUGAUUGACUUCAAAAGUGCUAUCUUGGAGUUCUGAAUGUCUUUGGUUGUUUGUACACAGAUAACUGCAAAGAGGUUGUCAUUACUGGUUACACGCAAGCUGAGGCCAGAUCUCUUACUUAAUGACUUGGGGAAGGCACAAAACAUGAGAGAAAGGUAACUGCCAACCAGGCUUGCAUUGUUUAGUCAGGAAUUACUGCUUGGUACUGGAGUCAUUUUCUUUUUCUUUUUUUUUUUUCCUGUCCCAGAAUUUGUCAUCAUUUUCAGAGACAGAGUGCCAAAUAUCACCCAAAGCUCUCGUGUCUUUUGGCCCCUUCCUUUAUUUUUACUUAUUAAUUUUUGUGCAAAUGUCAAAGGUCACCGGUGUUCACAGGAGGCUUUUUUGACUAGCCUUAAAAUUCUGAAUCAAAGGACUAAUCAGAUUUUCAUGCAGUGUUUAAUCAGGUGCUUUGUCUUGUGUGUUGUUUCCGUCUGUCUUAGCUCCCUGUCCUAACUGUAUUUGCCAUCUGUCUCCAUGAAUUGUAGAAAUGCCUUGAGAAAGUGUUCAUGAUUUCAGUAGUGGAUCCCUCAUCCCGUCUCCCUGUCUCCUUUGCUAUUUGGAGCAGCCUCUCUGCUUUGUGUACAAAUUAACGAUGCCCUGUAAACUACCUAAGCUAAUCGCACUGUGAAAAUUUUCGACAAGCAGGAUUUAAGCAGCAAUCUCACCACAGCACUUGGUUGCCUGCUGCAAUGUCAGUUUCUACUACCUAGCAACCAGCAUUCGUCACUACACGCCAACAAAAUCCCUAGGGAGUCUUAGUCUGAGUAGAAGAAAGUCUGUUUACACAUCCUUACCAAUUGCAAUAGCACUAGUGUGUCUGGUGUAUCGGGCAUGUGAGGGAAGAAAAUGCCAUAAGAUAAAAUGAGAAAUUAAAAAAAAUAUAUUUUUAAGGCACUUAGGAUCCUUGAGAUUAUAGAGUAAUUCCUAGUUCUCAUGGUUAUUUUUUGAUAGGAAGACAACUGUCAUUUUUAUUAUUGGCCAAGAAACAUCUAAUAUUCUAUAUCCCUGAGACCCACAGCAUGACCUGCAUGUCAGAGAUCUUGUACAACAAUGUAUUUACCCAGACGAAAUAUCUAUAUUUAGAGAUACUAUGAUCAUUUUGAUAAAAACCAUACAUAGAGUGUUGUAAUUACCCACAGAUUUAUGGUAAAGGAAUUAAUACGCUGUCUGGUGCUGCUGUUAUUGACUGCAGUGUUGUACAGAAUUUAUCAUGGAUUUUUGACUGCUGAAAAAGGGACAGUGGAAUUUAGCCAUACCAAGGAUUGUACUGGAAACAGGCUUCUGCUGCAGCAUGUGCCCUGAUGUGACCAAGUUAUACGUGGAGGAGGUCCUCGAGUCUUCACGAGGCUUUUAAAGCUUAUAAAAGGACUGUGGCUGGAACUCAUCUGGUGCUCCCCAUUUGAGUGUUCUGCUUGUAGGACUGACGAGUGUCUGUGAAACAACUGUAAAUACCAACACGUAUGCAUGGGUCAAUGCCCUUGGCCAUCCCACGUCAAGGGAAGCCAAACUCACGAUCAACAUCUUCGAAGCUUCAAGUAAGGCCCAUGCUGCUUUGAAUUACUCCUCAUGGGCCUGCUGUAGGUUGUGCUGUGAAUUAUACAAGGCAGUAAUACUGAUUUAGUAUAGGUCUGUUUUAAUUUCUCUUAUUUCUACUGUAUGGGUUGGAUUCAUAAGCAUUGACUAUAUUGCUCUCUUAUAAACCUCUUAUGUUAUCAGCUUGUCAAUUACGUUGCAACCUUUUUACUUGUCUAUUUAUCAAAACUGACCUAUUUUUAGUCACAUAUUUGUUUCAUUCUGGAAAAUUGUUAUGGCUUAAAAGAAAUUCAUGAACAGUGUUCGUAGUUUUAAGUCUUUUGUCAUUGUGACCUCAAUUAUAAAUAUUAAGAAAUAUAAAAUUCUGGCAAUGAAAGUAUUUUUUUAUUAAAUGAUCAAGGAACAAUGUCAGUAUAUAGCAGUAUAUUAAUCAAAUUAUAUCGUAAAAUGUAUAUUUUGCAUAAAAGAGAUAUUCUUCAAUCAAUUAAUUUUUGUGAGUUUUGUGGCAAAUGAAGCUUGUACUUGUCUUUAAAACUGUUGCAGUUGAAACUAUAUAAGAUUUUUUCAUCUUGCUUAAUCAAUAUUUCUGGACUCUAUUAGUUCCCCUGGGAUUCUGAAUAUAAUAUAUAACCUAAAUAUGACCCCCUGUAUCGUGGACCUUUUGUGAACAUUUCAAGAUGCAUGCACAACCUUGGUGAUAACCGAUGGACAUGUAACUAAUUGAAAUGAAGAAUAAAAGGCAAAUGAACUGGGGAUGAACUUGAAUUUAUCUGAUUAAAUUAUUCAUAUU